AUGGGGAACCCAAUGCCCACCAGCCAAGCCGACGAACCCCCAUUCCUCCUCAUCGACGGCAUCAAAGUCUACGAGCUUCGCGCAUUCGACACAUGGGGCUACCACCGCUGGGCCCGCGCUAUGAAACUCUACCUCCUCACCAAAGGUCUUCUCUCGAUCCUCGACGGCGAUGAAAUCUUUGUCGACCCGGUCACCAGCGCCGACUGGGUGAAGCGCGAUAGGGAAGUCUAUGCCCAUUUGAGGAAUGCGGUGAUUUUUUUGGUUGGAGGGUGA